AUGUGCUACAAGUUCGUUGGGACGAUAUCAGUGGCCCUACUUAGUGGCGUUGAUGAUGCCGAGCAAGAGGCAUCACUUCUUCGUAUGACACUCAAGUCAGCAGGAUUGACCGCCACAUCCAUUGUUCAAACUUACAAGGAUACGAUUCAUAGUUGGUUUCCGAUCAUGACCGAUGAUCAAAUCGAUCAACUUGUGGAACAUUAUGCUUGGGGACAAUGUCGUGGCACUGACGGAAUACUUCUUCUAUCCAUGGCAUUGAUAUCCCAACCACCUUGCGAAAACUGUGACCUUACCAUGCACAGCAAUUUAUACAAGGCGGUGAAGCAGUCAUUUCUUCUUCUACAAACUACUGCAAAAUCAUAUUUAAAGGUUCUGCAGAUCGGGCUUUUAAUCUCCCUCUUCGAAUACGGCCAUGGCCUUGACCGGGAGUCUGAAUUGACAAUUGCUGGUUGUGCAGUCAUUUGCAAAUUAAACAAUAUUGGCUCUGUUGCUGAGAGUAAAGAUGGCACAGGAAUAGGCAUAGAUGCCACCUGCCGGAAGGCAGUCAUUAUUAUGGACUGCCUGGUAAAAUUACCAAAAUCUUCAAAGGAAGAACAAGUGCUCAAAGAUAAUGGCUCAAAUUUAAUAGCGGAAGAUGCAGAGCUGGAUGCUAAAAAGUUCAAAGAAAGCUGUGGCUCAUCAUCCAACUUUGAGAUGCUCUUCCAAGUUGCAGGAGUCGUCCGAGAGGCAACACAGUAUAUCACGAAUAAUGAAACAUCCCAGUCCUCUCCAAAUUCGUAUAUUGCAGUAGAAUCACGGCUUCGAAACCUUUGCUAUGCCCUAAUUCAAGCCGCAGGGCCUAAUUCUCUCAUGUUUUGCGACAGCAUUGCGCUCGCACUUAGUUUCCUAUUUGAACUAAACGCAUUUCAUUUGACGAAAUUCCAAGGAUCUGUUAGUGAGGCGGAUAGACUGGCUAUAGAGUCAUCCCGUCGAAUGGCGGUUGACAUCUGCAAGUCCAUGAACGAGAUAGUGCCAAAGAAAGGAGUCAAAGGACUUUCCCUCAUUGGGCUUUCAACCACAUGUCGAGCCGCUCAGUUACUGGCUAGAACCACACCCAGCUUGUGCGGAGAGGGAAUGUUUACCAUUCCGGAUCUUGAAGCUCUGGAUCGUGCACAACACGAAUUUACUCAGAGGUGGCGAGUUGGAGCAACAUAUAAAGAGCUAGCGGUCUAG